CCGGCCGAAAACAAUUAUGUAUCAUAUGUGGUUGUGUGUCAUGCUAAGGUAGGAUUCAGUGUGGAUUCUAGUUUAGAUCACACACACUGUAGCGCAUGAGUGAAGACAGCAGUGAGGAGGAGGGAAGGCUAGUGCAACCGCUUAGGAUCACACGGAGAACCGCUCUUAGUCAACCAAUCGCUUUCCAGGAGUUAGCUCCUGGGGAGGAAAGGAGACUACGAAGGGAAGCAAGGGAGAGGGUAGCAGUGAGGAGGAUUAGGGACGCCGCAGCCAACUUAGCGGCUGCGAUGGCUACCGCCGUCUCUACGUCACAAACCUCUUCCCUGUCUUCUUCGUCUGGAGAAAGGCAGGGUGGAUCAGGUGCAGUUAGUCAGUCUGCUGGUUUGCAAGUCAGCCAGCAGAGUCCACUCACACCGGAGGAUUUAGAAAUCCGACAGGCAGAAGAACUUCAGGAUGAGCUGCAGCGGCAGUUUGACGAAGCAGCAGAGAGGAGAAGAAGAGCAAUACUCAGAAAGGCUAGACUAGGAAGUAGAGUGCAGGAGCUAGGCAUACUGGAAGGGCUAGAUGAGGCGGCAUUAGACCCUGUUGUCCGUGUGCUGCGUAGUGCUUUACUAUCAGUGGCAGAAGCGCAGAAUGUCCAGCAGGAAUUGCUGACCGAAUUUGUGGCAGGCCAGAAACAAAUCCUGGCUGAACUUCGGGCUCCUUGUAAACAUGCGAUGAACAUGAUUUUUCAUGACUACUUUGACAAGUUUAUCGUCGUGUACCUCGACGAUAUUCUCAUCUUUAGUAGGACUGUAGAGGAGCACGAUGAGCACUUGAAAACAGUGCUAGGUCUCCUAAGACAGCACCAGUACAAGGUUAACUUGGAGAAAUCCGAAUCUCAACCCACGGACUUGUCUUUGGACCCCCGUGUGGCACGGUUGCUUGACGAAUUCGCCGACAUCUUCGAGUCACCUACCGGCAUGGUGCCGGAUCGGCCGAUCCCCCACGAGGUCAUUCUCGAGGCCGGUGCCAUGCCGGCGAAAGGUUGCAUCUAUCGCAUGAGCGAGGAGGAACUUACAGUACUCCGCGUGCAGCUCGAUGACUUGUUGGACAAAGGCUGGAUCCGGCCUAGUAGCUCACCCUAUGGUGCGCCGGUUCUCUUCGUAAGGAAGAAGAACAAGGAUCUUCGUCUAUGCAUCGAUUACCGCAAGCUCAACGCACAAACCGUCAAGAACGCGGGACCUCUUCCUCGUAUUGACGACCUUCUGGAGCGUUUGGGCGGCGCAAAAUUCUUCUCCAAACUAGAUUUGAAGUCGGGGUAUCAUCAAAUUUCGAUACGCCCCCAAGAUCGCUACAAGACCGCAUUUAAGACUCGUCGAAGAUGCUCGAGAUGUUCUUCCAAGCUGGUCUACUUGGACGACAUCCUCGUCUAUAGCCGUACCUUGGAAGAACAUCUCGAGCAUCUUCGACGGGUGUUGGAGACGCUCCGUCGUGCGAAGUACAAAGCCAACCACGACAAGUGCGAAUUCGUACAUCAAGAGUUGGAAUACUUGGGCCAUUUCAUCACACCACAAGGCAUCAGUCCGUUGUCGAACAAGAUUCAAGCCAUCCAAGAUUGGCCGGAGCCGCGGAACGUCACGGAUGUUCGUUCGUUCCUUGGCCUUGCCGGUUACUACCAACGUUUCAUCAAAGGGUACUCGAAGAUCGCGGCUCACUUAUCCAAGCUUCAAUGCGAGGACCGACCAUUUGACUUCGGGACGGAUGCGCGGGAAUCAUUUUUGGCCCUCAAGUCUGCAUUACUAUCUGUGGAGGUCUUGCGCAUAUACGACCCGCUAUUGCCAAUGCGCGUCACUACGGAUGCGUCCGGCUACGGCAUCGGUGUCAUCCUCGAGCAACACGAUGGCGAGGACUGACACCUGGUCGAAUACUUCAGCAAGAAAGUGUCGGUCGUGCACUCAAUCGAUGAUGCACGCAAGAAGGAACUUCUCGCCUUCGUCCACGCACUC